GAAGGACAACUGUGCGUGUGUGUUUCAAUAAAUCGAUGUCCCACGGCGUAACUAUGGUAAUCAGGCGGAGGUUCGAGCGGCAAAACAUUGUCAAAGUUUUGCAUAUUGUUAAAUUUGGUUUACAAUAUAGUCGUAAUAUGGGAAUGCUGCACAAUUUGUCGGAUUUGAUCAAAGUGAAAAGAGAUAAAAUGACCAUAUUAGUUUUGGGCUUAAAUAACAGUGGCAAAUCGACGAUAAUCAACCAUUUUAAGAAAUCAAGUGAACAGUCGGCCAUAAUGGUGCCCACAGUUGGAUUUCUAAUCGAGCAAUUUUAUAACAUGGGCGUGAGCAUCAAAGCCAUAGAUAUGUCAGGUGCCACGAGAUACAGAAAUUUGUGGGAGCAUCAGUUCAAGAAUUGCCAAGGGAUUAUCUACGUAAUUGAUUCAAGCGACAGGAUGAGAUUUGUUGUUGUCAAAGAUGAAUUGGACCUUGUGCUGCAACAUCCCGACUUUUGUAAUCGUAUCGUACCUAUUCUGUUUUAUGGAAACAAAUCCGACCUCGAGGAUUCGCUCUCCAAUGUCAAAAUUGCGGCGGCAUUGGGUCUAGAAAACAUCAAGGAGAAACCAUGGCACAUUUGCUCCAGCAACGCAGUUUCCGGCGAAGGCUUGGACGAGGGCGUCCAGUGGCUGGUUCAACAAAUACGUUUUGCAAUAAUGAGCAAUAAAAAGGGCAAAAAAUUGAAGUUUACAUCCAAAGACAAUAAAUAAUUGACGAAACGAGAU